AUGCUCUGCACACAAGGCCCUGCUGAGGUUCUGAGCAGACUCAGGUCGUCCACAUCAAUAAGAGUUGUUUUGGCUGAAACACCAGCAAGCAUCAGCGCUGCAAAUAUAAUCGCAUCAAUACUACACAGAGAGACAAUUCGUUUUGAGAUCACAUUCGGUCAUGCACCAGACAUUUGUGAUAACACAGAAGGCCUCUGCAUUGCCAUAGGCUUAAGUAAUGCCGAAUAUGCAAAUUCCAUUGUUCUAAAUAGCAGAGCAGACUCUACUGUAAGAAGCAGUUUUGAAUGCACAUGCAGUAUUUGCGAGAUGUAUCCGUGCAUUCUUGCAUACUCACUUGCGAAAGAGGCAAACUGUGUGAGUAAAGAGGCAAUAUGGCCAAUGGCUGUCUGCUUUGAAUUCUACAGGAUUUUUACAAAGACAAACCUUAUGCAUGAAGAACAUGCAUUUGAAAAAGAAAAUAAACAAGAGAACAACAAUCCUGAACGUAUCACAAAAAGAGGUAAAAGCAAAAAUUUAACAGAAAGCAUUAAGAACAACUCACAAGAAAUAAUUUGCAAUGAAUGUUUGUCUUUACAUGCAGAUCUUGUUAUUGAGGCCGAAAAAAAAAGAUUGUCUACAGAGCUAGAUGGAAUACACUACGUAACAAGACCAAACAUUUUGCUUCUGAAUUCCACAAGUAUUUUCUGCGCACUCUUAAACGAUGCUUCAUUUAUUCUAGACAACAAGAUUUAUCACAAGGAUAAGAAAGCUGAAUUUGCAAGAAUUCAUGAGUACUUGGCAAGAAAAGGAAUAUCGAAUGAGAUUGCACAUGAAAAAUACACGAACCUGAGUUAUGAAACAAAGAAGCUGGUUAGCAUUAACUUUCCAGAGAGAAUGUGUUUUAUCCGUAAAAUUGGCCAUAACACUGAAAUAUCGCCCAUUGAGAGUUUCUUUCUUGUUUGUUAUCACCUGCUUAAGGGAUCGAAGAUAGAAGCGUUCUUGAGUAUGUCGCGCACGAAUGACUUACAGAUGGAAGAGAGUGCAGCGCUUCAUCACAAGCUUGUUUCUAUGUAUCGCGAAUGCAUUGCAAAUGCAAAGAGGAUUGGGAAAGUGUUUAUUUUCAGGAUCCAUGUCCCAAGGAUUCUGAGCAGCACAUCAAUUGAGAUACUUCUCCACAUAUACAGAUAUUAUUUUGAAAUGUUUGUGGCGAAGAGGCACAGAGAUGCAAAUGGAAUGAUUGUUAUGAUGGAAGGCUGCAUUGAAGGAAAGGUUGCUAUUUACACUGAUAUCUAUGCAAUAAUGAAUAGAUGGAAGCAUGCUGGCCAGACAACAAGAUAUUUUGCAAUAGACAGAAACGAGGUAUCUAAGCUGGUUGAUAGUUUGAAAGUUGAUGCUGUGUAUUGA